AUGGCGAUGCUUGUGUUUUGGUUGAUCAAGGAGGAAAUUGCUGUCAGACAACAAGCAGUUGGUGGACCGACCGUGUUAGGACCCCUCCUAAAUUUGAAUGGAUCUCUUGGUGAUUCCUCUACCUCAAAAGAGGCUGGACUAGGAGACAGGAGAGGGAUAUACAAUGGCAGCUGGAUCAGGCGUGUGGUGGUGAUAGACGACGGGGGCGGCCUUCUCAAGGCUGGCUUAGGCGGGGACAAGGAUCCAAUCGCUGUUGUCCCCAACUGCAUGGCCAAACCCCCUGUUGGCAAUGCCAAGAAAUGGCUUGUGGCUGAUCAGCUGCAGGCGGACGACGUCGACGCGACUGGCAUGACAGUGAAGCGUCCCAUUGAUCGUGAUUAUCUUAUCAAUACUGAGGUGCAGAGGGAGGUUUGGGAGCGGGUUGUACGCAGCUCGCUGCAGGUGGAUCCUAACAACUCAUCCUUGUUACUGGUGGAGCCCAUGUUCAACCCUCCAGCUCUGCAGCGUGCAACUGAGGAGCUGGUGUUUGAGGAAUUUGGUUUCAACUCUCUCCGCGUUGCAGAUGCUCCAUCCCUUGUCCACCUUUAUGAGGCUCGCCGCCAACCAACGCAUUUUCGUGCCCAAUGCAGCCUUGUUGUUGAGUGUGGCUUCUCUUUCACCCAUGCAUCCCCUGUGCUUCAGAACUGUACUCUCAAUUAUGGCGUGCGACGUAUAGACCUUGGCGGCGAGGCCCUGACAAACUAUCUCAAGGAGCUCGUCUCGUACCGUUCGCUUAAUGUCACGGAUGAAACUCUCCUCAUGGAUGAAACUCUUUUUGCACUUCAAAAUUUUCCACAACUCUACGUGGAUGUUCUUGCAUUGAUGGCAGCAGCAUCCUCAUCUCCCCUCUCAUCAGCAGAAGCUGAUGUGGCAGCAAUGUGCCCCUUGACAACCUUGAAGAACUUGCAGAGGACGAACUUCUCCGUGCGCUUGAGUGCGGUGUCCUUGAAGAUGUCAUCCCACGAGCCUGGCACAGGGUAG